GUGACAGACCUUUUCACCCAAAUGCGGGAACCAUCUCCCAUGGGGUCGAGCCCCAAGGGCUCCUCAAAUUCUCUGAAUGCCGUCACAAAGAACAUCGGCUUCCAGCAGACGAACAGCUCCGAACACCUGCCUUGGAAUGGUCCAGCUGUACCAUCAAGCUGCAAUACUACUUUGACGAACGAGACAGCACAAGGCGGCUUAGUAAGGAGCAUCAGCAACGCAUCGGCUCUCACAUCUCUUUGUGCUGACUUAUCACCCUCGGAUUCACAUUUUUUUGAGGUCUUGUACAUCGGUAAAGUGCGCAUAUCCCAACGUAAAGUCCCAGAAUCUCUUAUCGAUGAUGCUCUUAACAAAUUCGCCCAGCACGAGGCCGAGAAGGCUUCGCAACUUCGACGACAUAGUUUGCUUUCCUCUACUGGGACAUCAGUUUAUAGCAACGAUUCAACAGAAAACUUAGAAGAAACAAAAGAAAAUGUCCUAAAUAAAAAACUUUCAUUCAUUACUAGUACGACCCCUUUGGAACCGGAUAAAAGUACUCCAUGGAAAAGUAUCGAAGACCUCAAAGACAAAAAAGAAAAACCAAAGGACAUUGACAAGGAAUUUGACAUGUUUUCCAAAGAACGCAUAAGCACUAAAAAAAAUCCUGUACCUUUGGAACCUAAUAUAGUCGUGUUAGUACCCAAAAGUAAUGCAGAUUGUAAAGAAAGAAAUCUACAUACGUUAACCGAGGAUGAAGAAAAGCAUGAAGAAAUACACUCCAUAAUUUCUGAAACUGCAUCUUCUAUUACUGAAUUUUGUCAGACGAAUUUCUUGAAAACUGAACUUUGUAUUAGAGAAGAUGAUUCGUAUCAAAAUAUAUCAGGUAUUAAAGAUACUUCGAUUAUCAAAGAAAGUUCAAGUGUCAAAGAAAAUCUAAAAAUGGAAGGAUUAUGUCUCAAUGAAAACAAUUCGUGUGUAAAGGAAAAUCCACCAAUAAUUCAAAAUAAUAAUUUUAAGGCACCUGAAGUGAAUAAGCAGGAUUCGUCAGAUCUUUUGAAUUUUGUUGGUGAAAGUGAAAAUAAUAAAGGGAGAACAAAUAGUCUUAACAAUGAAGAAAUACCAGAGAAAAAAAGAGAAGAUAGUCCUGCUCCGUUAAAUUUUGAUGAAAUUUCUAGAAAGCCCAAAAAGGUUGUAGAACUACCUAAGAUGACAUCAUCUAUGCCGGAGAACAAGCCAUUCUUACGAGACCGAUCGGCCUCGAUCGGCACAUUGAACUUGAAGACUCCAAUUGCACAAUUUAUUGGGGAACAAAAUAGGACCAUGUUGUUCCAGGUUGGCCGUUCUGAACUUCGUCUAAUAAGUCCGGACCGCAAGCAAAUUCUACUUCAUAGAGCGUUUAAGGACGUUGCAUCUUGCGUCUUAGGCCGCCUUAAUAAGGAUCAUUUUGGUUUCGUCUGUAGAGAGAGUACAAACGAUGCAUACGCGUGUUACGUGUUCAAGUGUGAGAGCGAUUCGGUAGCUACCGAAGUUAUAAAUGCAAUCAGGCAAGCAUUUAUCGCGCACGCUGAGCUGCUGAAGAAGUCGAGAGAAAAAUCACCAAACAUGACUUGCGAGCAUUGCCCUAUGCUGUGGUAUCACAGACUAUGUCACGAUGUCGAAGGUAUGAACGAAAAGAAGACGCAUGCGUUCAUCCUCCGCCGGAUAGAACAGUUGCCUGAAGAUGAACAGGAACUGCUUAUCACCAAGUAUCAAGGUGGCACCAACCAUAUGUAUGGGGUUGGUGAACAUAACGCCUUUUUAAUGAUGCUGCUAAGGGCUCAUUGUGAAGCGAAGCAACAGAGGCAUGUACAUGAUACUGCGGAAAAUAGAUCCGAGUUCCUGAAUCAGUACUUAGGUGGCAGCACUAUAUUCAUGAAGGCGAAACGUUCUCUGUCCAGUGGAUUCGACCAUCUACUCAAACGAAGAGCUAGCAGAGAUGACGUUACACAGGUUAAGAAGGAGCUGUCUCCCCUUCCGAUCCACGAAAUCUCAUUAGACUCAGGCCCUGAGCUGUUAACUCCUGAGGCGGCGAGGAGGAAGUCUCAGUCACCUUUCAUCAACGGUGGUGGCAAUGAGGCUCCUUCGUCCCCCAUUAUCGCAUCAACGGUAGAAGAGGAAAAUGAGGAGGAUGUUAGAGACGAUACAGGGGAGGGCAGUCCUCCCGGAAACUCACCUAUGAUGGAUAUUUUUCUGAAAGUAAGUGACAACCGUCCUAGCGUAACUCAGCCGGGAAUCGAACCCGAUGCGACAUGGCGACAAGCUAUCUACGAGAAGGUUGUCCAACCUCCGGAAACCCAGGAAGAGCUACCAUCGAAAGCCCUGCUUAGUAUACCUUCAAAACAGCCUACUGGCAAAAGGAGUAAGGAACAACUUCGUCAGCUAUGGAAGAUGGCGAUCGAUCAGACAAUAUUAUUAGUUCGGAUGGAAAAUGAAAACGCUAGACUUAAAGAAAGGGAAGAAUCGUCAGCCGUGCGCCGUAUAAAACUAGAGUACACUGAACUCGGGUAUUGUGACGCAGGGGUCUCAUUAAUGUGGGAUAAUUUGCUCUCAAGAAGAGAUAAAUCACAACCGAUAGCCAAAGUCGACCGUCAUAUGUUGACCCAGGCUGUUAUACAAGGCGUUCCCCGCAUGUCCCGCGGCGGAGUAUGGUAUUUCCUGGCCGAACAAAACUGCUUACGAUCAGCGCCACCCGAUGUUCGAAACUUUCCACACUAUCACGAACCCUACCGGGCAUUGUUGGGUGGCCUCACUAAACAUCAACAUGCUAUACUUAUCGACCUCGGUCGUACGUUCCCUAAGCAUUCGUAUUUUGCAUCUGCCUUGGGUCCUGGUCAACUAGCAUUAUAUAAUAUUUUAAAGGCAUACUCCUUGCUUGAUCCGGAUGUUGGGUAUUGCCAGGGGCUCAGUUUUGUAGCUGGCGUUCUAUUGUUGCAUAUGGAAGAAGCAGAUGCAUUCAUCCUACUUCGUCAUUUGAUGUUCAGACGAGGUUUGAGGAAGCAGUACCUCCCUGAUAUGCAGGCUUUGCAAGUACAGCUAUACCAACUCUCGCGUCUUCUUCGCGAUCACGAACCUGAGCUCCACGCAAAGUUGGAGUCUCUGGAUAUCUCUCCAGCGUUAUAUGCAGCCCCCUGGAUGCUCACGUUGUUCACCAGCCAGUUUCCUUUGGGUUUCGUCGUUAGAGUCUUUGAUCUAAUUUUCCUGGAAUCCCUGGACGUGGUGUUCUCAAUAUCCCUGGCCCUGUUAACAGCUCACAAAGACGGUCUGAUGCUCUGUGAGAGCUGCGAAGAAGCGGCGGAGUACCUCAAACAUAAAUUACCAGAUAUGGACUCUGCUAUGUACCAUCGAGUUAUGAAGAAGGUGCGUUCUUUAGAUAUCUCCCGACAACUGAGCGAAUAUGCUGUUGAAUACGCCGUGUUACGAGAAGAAAUGCCUCGUAUGGCCACUCUCACUGACGAAAAUAGACAUUUGGCUGCUGACAACGCAAGAAUGAGUUCUGAGCUAGACUCUGCAAUGGACGCCAUAACUAGUUACCAGAAAAACCAAGCGCGUCUCGAAAGUCAUAACAAGUUGUUAGAACAACAAUUAACACUUUUAUCUCGAUUCAUCACAGCGCAUCACAAACAAGAAAUGCCGGCAGAAAUAAAGAAAAUCAGCCAAAAUUACGGGAAAAAGAUAAGCUUCAGCUCGAAGUUAUUAAAAUUCACUCAGAAUGACGAUGAAGACAAUGACCCUAAGAAGAACUUUAAAACUGGUGCUAGUGCACCAAAUCUAUUCGCUAAAAUAUCAAGAGAUGAAGUCAUGAAUGCUAUGAAUAAAGAAAAGAGCUUGGAAAACGAUAGGCGACAGUUUAUGAUGAAGAAAUCCCAAUCCGUACAUUCUGGUUUGAUUGCUAAUAAUCUCAAGCAAGUACCUUUGAGAGCGCUUGAUGAAAAACCCGAAGUGAAACGAUCAGAAAGUUUCCGUACUGAUAUUUUAUCUGAAUCGAUCAAAGAACUCGGUAGAAAGAACACAGGUUUCUUUGCGAACACACAUGAGCAAAUUCGUCAAGAAAGAUUGUUUGAACAACAGCUAAAACACGAUUUCGAUGAAAAUUUAAAAAGGUACGACAAACAGAUGGAAACAAAAUCAUAUUUGGAUGAUAUUAGUAUAUUUCAGAACAGAAAAUCUAUGUCACUGAAUCUACAGUCAAAGGAAUUGGAAAGCAAAAUUGACAGUGGUUUCGUUACUCCUCUUAGUCCAGACGACAAAAAAGACGACACAUCUUCUAUAAUAUCACAUCCUCUUAGUGACUGUGAUGUGGAUAUUAAAUUCGAUGGUCAGUCGACAAAAUUGAAACAAAUAAGGCCAUUAAAAAGUAACGUUGUAGGGAAAAAUGCAUAGUAUUAUUAGUAAAUUAAGAACAAAUUACUAUGUACGUUUUUGCGUUUUUAUUUUAACCUAACUGAGGCAGAUGAUUUGCAGUUGGACUUUCGCAACGUUACGGAAUUAAAAUAAACUAAUAACUAGCGAGCGCCAUCUGUUAUUUACGGUCAGAAUUAACUUUAUCAAUAACAUAAUUGCAGCUAGAACAAAAUAGCAUCAGGAGAGGAAUAUGAUAGUGACAGGGUCGAUCCAAUUUUUUUAAAAUGUUUACCUAAUCCAAUUCGCAGAGUUAUAAAAUUGAUCAGCAGUUCUGUCGAUUUGUAUGAAAAGCAAUUUUAUUAAAAUUUGCGAUAAUAGAUGUCACUCUCGGAUAAAGUAUGAAAAGAAUUCGUGGAACACAAGAUGUUGGUGCUCAUUUAUUAUUUUUUGUACAAAUGUUUUUAUUUUUUAUCUUAGAUUUUGGUAAAAACGCACAAACAAAAUAUGGUUUUAAAAAAGUAGUAUUUAGUAGAAAAUAGGCAUGGCUGUUGUUAGCGUAGAAAAAUGAUUUUAUAUUUUAUUGCUUAUGAAAAAUGUGAGAGUUUGUAACAAUUUUGGAAA